AUGGCCGCAGCGCGCAGUAAUCGCGCCAUUGCCGGCUCCUCCAAUCGGCGCCGCUCCCAGCUCGUCCAGGGCUCCCAGUCGCCCAGCAUCCCGCAGCUGCGAGCCGUCGGCCUGUACACACAGAUCCAGCAGCUGCGAGCCGUCGGCCUGUACCCACAAAUUCCGCAGCCGCGGGCCGCCGGCCUGUACCUGGAGAUCCCGCAGCUGCGAGCCGUCGGCCUGUACCCAGAGAUCCCGCAGCCACGGGCCGUCGGCCUGUACCCACAGAUCCCGCAGCUGCAAGCCGUCGGCCUGCACCCACAGAUUCCGCAGCCGCGGGCCGCCGGCCUGUACCUGGAGAUCCCGCAGCUGCGAGCCGUCGGCCUGUACCCAGAGAUCCCGCAGCCACGGGCCGUCGGCCUGUACCCACAGAUCCCGCAGCCACGGGCCGCCGUCAGCCUGUACCCAGAGAUCCCGCAGCAGUUGGCCAUGGGCCUGUACCAUGAGAUUCCGCGGCCGCGCGUCAUCAGCAGCAUCAGUGGGCCGGCGUGGGGGGCAGCAGCCCACUACCGUCAGCUCAUCCAGCAACAGCAGCAGCAGCAACACCAGCACCAACACCAGCAACAUGUCGAGGACGAGAUGCUGCUGUGA